AUGGAUUUGAUUCCUGAACCUUGUGCGGGGAUUGGGGCAAUGACAAACAAUGUUCUCCACCUGUGGCCUUAUUUGAUCGAGGAUUUACGUGCUUUGGGUGCAAAAACAUUUUUCGGCAAAUUCUGUGCCGGUUCCAUCGACCAUGUCAGUAUUCGUACAUUACAAUGUAUCUUGCUCAAAGCGGCCCUUCUGUUUGGAGUGCAAGUGUUCGUUGGAGUGACCUAUCGAGGAUUGAUUGAACCAGUAAAAAUUCCUGGCUCUACCAAAUUCCCCCCGAUCAAACGUGUGUUCCUCGAGCACGAGAAUGGCAUUGUCGGAUUGUCGAAUGGGGAUCACAAACCGCAUCUGACCAAAUCCUCCCCGACUCCGGCCGGACAUCUGUCCGAUCCGUUCGAUACCGGCAAUCUGAGCAAUCAGUCACACGAACAAAUGGCCAUUCACAAAUCCGAAGCCAGUUUAUUUUUCUAUUCAAUUCAAAUUUGCCGUAUUCGCGUCUAUUAA